ACCAAAUUUUGCUGUCUACCUGCUUGGUUUGUCGUGGGAAUGGGGUUAGUGGUUGACUAUGGCGGGUUGUUAGUCUACUCUCGAGUAAGAAUUCGGGUAGUUAAGACUGUAAGUUCUUCUCAAUCUGUUUCGCGAUUGCAAGUUUUGGAACAAGUUGAUAAGCAUCUUGAAAAGGGGGACGAAAGGCUGGCGCUAUCUCUUGUCAAGGAUUUGCAGGGAAAGCCUGGUGGUUUCCUUGGCUUUGGUGCAGCGAGGCAGAUUCCUCAAAGGCUGUAUAGUUUGGAUGAACUAAAAUUGAACGGGAUAGUUACUCAGUCUAUUCUAUCACCCACGGAUACAACACUGGGUUCAAUAGAAAGAGCUCUUCAGCUUGCUGCUGUUUCAGGAGGGCUUUCUGCAUGGGCUGCUUUUGGGUUUACCCAACAACAAAUUCUUUUUUUGUCUCUGGGAUUUUUGUUUCUAUGGUCAGUAGAUGCAGUCUCUUUUAACGGAGGAAUUGGAAGGUUGGUUCUUGAUACAAUUGGUCAUGUACUCAGUCCAAAGUAUCAUAAUAGAGUCAUUCAACAUGAAGCUGGUCACUUCUUGAUAGCUUACUUGCUUGGAGUACUUCCAAAGGGAUAUUCACUGUCAAGUUUAGAAGCUCUGAGGAAAGAAGGCUCCCUUAAUGUUCAAGCAGGGACAACUUUUGUGGAUUUUGAGUUUCUUGAGGAAGUUAAUACGGGUAAAGUUUCUGCAAAGAUGUUGAACAGGUUCUCUUGUAUUGCACUAGCAGGUGUGGCAACAGAAUACACUCUAUUUGGAUACUCUGAAGGUGGUCUUGCUGAUAUCUACCAGUUGGACGGGUUACUCAAAAGCUUGGGCUUCACACAGAAGAAGGCUGAUUCUCAGGUGAGAUGGGCUGUAUUAAAUACCAUCUUAAUUUUGCGCCGUCAUGAAAAAGCUAGAUCAGAGCUAGCUGAGGCCAUGUCAAUGGGGAGUUCAGUGGGGUUUUGUAUUCAAGCCAUAGAGAAAGCCAUAGAUGUUGCAGACAUUUAAUGGCAAGUGGGUGGCAAUUCAUUGUUGCUAAUGAUGCCAAAGAAUUAGAGCCCUAAAAGGUUUUGUCAGGUACUUGAUUGGGCUCAACUUUUUGUGAAUAUGUUUUCCAUUUAAUCCUUUAUUUGUUCACUAUAUUUUAGCCUAAUCCUGUUCAAUGUUUGUUUUUAUUA